UCAACAUAACAUUAUGUUAUGAAAUCUGAAGAUUCAAGACUGAAAAUAUCUAUCUUUCUUUAAGAUAAUAAUUGUUCACUUCACGAUUAAGAUGUUCAAUAGUAUCCUAAAGAGUGGAAUCCACUCUCAGCUUCUAAGGAAAGUAAUUGUCAGAAAUAUUUCUACGAGUAUAGAACUGAUGCAGCUAAAAUGGCAACGCGUCGCGUUCAAUGGAAUCCAGACUGACUUAGAACAACUGCCAGAAAGCAUAGAUACCAGAGAAUUCUCGAGAAUACUCAGGGAUGACAUACAGAAAUGGGAGGAUGAUGGAAAAAGAUCAAUGUGGGUCAAGGUACCUGUCAAGAAGAGUUAUCUGAUCCCAUCAGCAUUCAAGAAUGGCUUUGUCUAUCACCAUGCCGAGGGGGAUUAUGCAAUGUUGUUUCAAUGGUUACCAGAGAAAGUAGAGUGCAAAGUACCUGUAUAUGCUACACACCAUGUUGGGGUGUCAGGUCUGGUUCUUAAUGAAAGUAGUGGAAACGUUCUGGUUGUACAAGACAAAAGGAAGUACAAAAUAGGAACCACGAAGAAAAUGUUCUGGAAGUUUCCUGGGGGUCUUUCAGACCCGGGAGAAAACAUUGGUCUGACAGCUGAAAGAGAAGUGUUCGAAGAAACUGGAGUUAAAUCAGAGUUUCAGUCUCUUCUUCUUUUUCGUCAACAACAUGAAAUGAAAGCAACAUUCGACAAGUCAGACAUCUAUGUGGUAUGUAGAAUGAAACCAUUAACAUAUGAUGUCAUAUUAUGUGAUGACGAAAUAAUGGCCUGUGAAUGGAUGCACCUCAGCGAAGUCAUUGACCACCCAGACACUACUCCACUGACAAAAAUUGCUGCCAAACUUGCUAUAAAUGGGAUGAAAUAUGGAUUUGAACAUUUUGAUAUUUCUGCCUGUGAAUUACGUUCCUGGGUUGACCCGACCAAGACGUUUUAUAUCUAUCACAGACCUCUCAAUAGUAUUGAUUCUUUAAGAGCGCAAAAAGACAUCAAUGCCUCUAGCAGAUGACUUAUGGGAAUUAUAAUAUUUAUUAUACUGUCUUGUUUAUAAUUUCCCCAAUAUGUCGGUUGGGAUUUAUUCUCGGAUAAUAUAUACAUCCCAAUGAAUAUAUUAUGAGGAGGUAUGUAUCCAUGGUAUUGACUAUACGUAGGUCAAUAUCCUGAUAUUUACUAUGAAUAAUGUAAUAAAUUUAGUUAAUAAUAUCUAAUUAAUAAUUAUACAUACUAAGCUGGGUCACUGAUGAUUGUUCUAAUGGGCCACUCAACACUGUAUUCAUACUUUUGAGAUAGCUAACAUGGUGCAUUGUGGUCUAUAUCGGGUACAAACAUCUUUUCUUAAAUUACCACAUCUUAUAGAUUGCAAAUAAUAUAUCUGUGAAAUAGAUAGCUAGCUAACUAAUUACUAACCUUUGGUUGCCUAAGUCUAAUUAGUUAAAAUAGGCAAGCUGCGAGGGGUAAACUAGUGUACGUGUGCUACUCAAGGGUUCGCAUUUUUAAAUAUUUUUAAACACACUUACCAAAACUGAAACAAUAUUUUGUUGUACAUGCUUUUCCUUGACAUGUAUGUAAUUUGACAUGUUCACAUUUUCAUAUCUAUUCAUUUGCGUAUUGAGUUGUUACUCUAGUAAACGCCCGUGCCCUUGUCUUGCCUCAAUGUUUUGUCUAAUUAAGUGCUAUCUCCUAUUUCAUCCUAUUUCACGGGUAUAUUAUUUGCAUUCUAUCAAUAUGGUAUUGUUUGCACCCAAGCUAGACCAUGAUGCAUCAUUUUAAAUUAUUUGAACUGUAGUAGGAUCUGUGUAUCAAUAUUGUUAUUGAAGCUAUCAAUACAGGCUUCUGCACAGUAUCCUAAACGACUCUGUCAUAACUAGUUGCAUCUGGGUUGCAAAAGCACAAAAAUUGCAUUGCAAAAUAUGCAAAAGCUAAGAUUGCACUGUUAUUGCCAGUUCAAUUACAAUAACUUUAAUUUUUUACGAGGGUAUACCCAUGUAUCAUUUGUCAUAUAAAUAAUAGUUUUAAUUAAAAUUCAUUAGGGUGUGUUUGAAAUGGUCCUUGUUUUUACGGGGGUGGCAUUUUAUAGCCAAUGGUAAACAAACACGUGGCAUGCCUUGUUCCAUGAUCAAUUGGAAUUUAAAAGUUGAUAAAUUUUCUCUCAAAGCACAAAAGAAAAUCAACAAGCAAUUCUACUCACACAUGACACCGAGUCCAGGAAUCAAACCUGGGUCACAUUUGCAAGAGGUGAGCACCCUAAAUGUAAUAUACAAAUGUGUAGUAUCACAGCGACAACAAAAAAGUAAGAGUCCAAUUUCGUAAUGAAUUUGAACUUUACCUGUAGGACAUAACUGUGAAAUCCUAGGACUAAGUGACAAUAACAACAACACACCAUAAACAUGGACCUUAAUAGUUUAAAUAUUUUUAUUGAUAAAUUAUAGACAAUAAUCACAUAAUUUUAAUUUUAAUGGAUGUCAUGUUGUAGCAGCCAUGACAGUGGUAUUUUUAAAGAUUUCCCACCACCCUCGAGCUCCUUGGUAUCAUGAUUAAUAUCACCAACGUGGCUGCCAGGUCUCUUUUAACUCUCUCGAAAAUGGUCGCAACCCAUCAGUAGAUAAAAAUUUAUCUAAAUUAUAUUUAAAUCACACACAAAUAUUACAAAUGAACGAGGUCAAGAAUUAAAUAAAAAUAGCCUAAUAAGUGUAAUUUUUUAAAUAAGUUGUAUAUCAAUAAACUUUUUUCUCCGGGAUGGUGUAAUAAUGUUUUAGGUACAUUUGGAAGAAAUGGAAAGACAUAGAAAUAAAGAGAAGGAAAGGGAAGUUAAUAAUUGUAACUGUUACAAGGCAAAUUUGUGUACAGUUAACAUCAAUAGACACCUUGGAUGUGACGCCAAAGCAGCUCAGUUUGGAGGACAAAACAAAAGAAUUCCAAUCUCAUGAGAACUGGAAACCUAUUGUCAUGUCCUCCAAAUUGAGCUGCAUUCAGACGUACUGCAAGGGGUCUAUUCCUCCUUAUGCCUACAGCACACUGAUUAGAGAGAAGUUCACGAGAUCCGUAAAGAUUGGCAUUGUAAUAGACCUAACUUGUUGUGGUGAAACAUUUUCCCACUUCAGACCACAUGUCGUUCUCUUGGGAAUGAGAUUCUUUGUUUUAGUUGUAUCCAUAUUCAUGUGUCUUCUCA